GCUCCAUUCACACCAAUCUUUAGAAUAAAGUCUCCCCCCCGUGCUGCCCUUCCCCCCUCCCCCCAUUCGCCGCUCCCGUUUCUUUCGUCUUCUAUUCGCCAUUUCGACUGGUCCGGUUGUUGAAAGUUCCGAUGAGCGGCGGUCAAUGGGCAGAAACGGCUCUUCAUAUUGCCAGCGUUAACAACUCAAAAUCUUUUGUCGGAAGUCUCUUCCAACCCGCCCUUUCUUUCUCCCCCUCCUCUUACUCCUCUCAUCUUCCUCCUUCUCCCUGCCUUGUCACCGGGGAUGAGGGCGAACCGCCAUAGUCGAGUCCUACGCGAUCGUCCGAGGAGAAUCGAACGUCCGGCAUCUCGAUGGCCGGAACGCUGGUGCCGCCGUGGUACGAGGCGUCCACGCCGACCAACGAGGAGCAGAACAUCGCCAGCAUGUUCUGGGGCUUCACGCUCGGCGUCGGGCUUUGGAGCGGCGUCAAGGGAUACCGGCAGAGCAAGGCCAACUGGAAGAGGACCCACCGGAUCAACACAUACGUCUGGCUCAUCUGGGCGGAGUGGAUGGCCAGCAUCGUCAUAGGCAUCGUUUCGUGGUGCUAUCUGACGGCUCUCAUCGGGCCAAGCUUCGAGUAUUUCUUCUUACUGCUCGUUCUCUGGAGCAUUCAAGUUCAAUGUCUGAUGCAAAUCAUCAUCAAUCGAAUUGCGAUCUUGAUGCCGAUCCCCGCCCACGCGACGCGGCUGAAAUGGGGCGUCUUCGCCGUCCUCCUCGCCGUCAACAUCAGCGUCUUCUGCAUCUGGAUCCCUGCGCGGCUUCAGAUCAGCAAGACCUACAUCCACAUCAACGAGAUCUGGGACCGCAUUGAGAAAGGGAUAUUCCUCAUCGUCGACGCCGGCCUCAACCUGACCUUCAUCUACCUCGUCAAGUCACGGCUGAUCGCCAGCGGCCUGACAAAGUACACGUCGCUCUUCCGGUUCAACCUGGCCAUGAUAGCGAUCUCCAUGUCACUCGAUAUAAUUCUCAUAGGACUCAUGUCCCUUCCAAACACAUUAAUUUACGCACAAUUUCACCCUCUCGCCUACCUCCUGAAGCUGCAUAUCGAGAUGGGCAUGGCGGAACUCAUCGCCAAGGUCGUCAAGGCCUCGCAUCCCAUGAGCCCGCACCUGGAAUCGCGGAGGGACAGCAACGAGAUUGCCCCCGACGCGAACCAACACCAGAAGUCGGUCUCCAAGUCGACAGGGUCGCGGAGGUUCUCGUCGUCCUACCUGGGCGGGCGGUGCGUGCUCGGCUCUACUACGGCGGACGCCGACGGGGGCGUCACGGAGCCAGAACGGUCUUUCGGCGGGCGGGCAGAUCCCCUCGCCCCCGAGCCCGAGCCCGAGUCUCAUGCGGAUGCGGUUUCCGGGCGGGCGGGGCCGACGGAAGAGGCCCUCAGCCGUCCGCGUUCGCUCUUCCGCCGCGCCACGGAGCCUGGCAACCUCGCGAGUCUGGAGAUGACGCCGCAGCCGAGAUCGGGCCGGCAGGACUCGAGCAGCACAGUGAAGGAUAAUGAUCAGGAAGUGACGUGGUACGUUUAACGAACCGGUUCGGGUUUUCGUGAUACCCAGGAGUUCAGGGGAAUGCAAAAAAAAAAGUGAAAAAGCGGUAUAAGGCAGUCUGGUCUCAAUACGUUAUAUAGACUCCCAACAGUGGAUAUAGGCAAGGGCGUAACACGGCGUCGUUUUUGGUUCUCAUUGAUAUAUAUCUUGGACUUGUCUCGGCUAGGUCGCGUGCGCAAGUUUUGGUCUCUCGUCGUCUCUUCGCUCAUCACGGAUAACCGGGGUUUCUACUUGAAUCGGUGCUUGCUGUGUCGUUCCAAAAACAAUGCAUCAUUUAUAAAGGACUACUUUUCCAACGUUCUAUUUGUUCAAGCGAGGGGCCCUCUCCGGGUCCCGCCAAUACAGGCACGCCUCCCUGCGGAUAUCGUCCUUCUCGACCUUCGUGCCGUUGUUGGGCUGGACGACGAGCUGCAGCGCGGGCUCCGAGUCGAGUCCGUACCCGGCGGGCUCGUAGUUGGGCCACUCGGGGCUGCCGGGGAACCGGUGCGUGUUCGGGUCGCCGGAGAGGACGAAGCUGGACAAGUAGCCGUGGUAGAUGUGGCUGACGUCCGGGUGCUGCACGACGGGCUCGUCCCAGGUGUACUUUGUGUCGGCGGUGUGCGGGAUGCCGCGCCACUCGGGCCACGAGUUGUUGGUGUUGAAGCGCAGCUUCCAGGUGGGCACGCCGGCGAGGGAGGCGCGGUAGGCCGUCUCCUGGCCCGGGCAGAUGUAGCCGUAGUCGCUCCAGGCGGCCGAGAGGCGGUUGUACUGGGUGCUGUUGGGGGAGUUGGCGAAGGGCGAGUCCGGGUGGGUGGCCGGGUCCGGGUAGAGGGCGGCGAGGAGGUCGAGGUCGGUGGCGUUGAGGGCGGGCGAGAUGUUGUGGAGGUAGUCGAGGAAUUCGUCGUUGGUCUCCUUGUCGCCGGCCAUGUAGUACUUGGCCUCAUCGGUGACGGUGGAGGUGAUGACGGGAACCUUGAAGAAGGUCUCGUCGUAGCCCGACUGCGAGCCGAACUUCUCGAGCAGGGGGCCGCCCUGCGUGGGCUGGAAGGGCCAGGUCAGGGCCGGGUCGUAGUCGUAGUAGAGCUUGGUGCUGAUGUUGCGGAUGGCGUCGAUGUCGGCGGCGCGGAGGCAGGCAAGGGUGGCGGCGUUGUCGGCCUCGUCGAUGGGGCACCCGAUGUAGGCCAUGUACUCCUCGAACUGCUUCUUGUAGAGCGGGUAGGUGGCGUUGGGGAACGCGCGGGCGGUGACGGAGCCGGACUGGUGGAUGGCCCGGGCGAAUAGGGGCUUGCCCUCGUCCUCGUCGUAGUUGUGGAAGUAGAGGAUGCCGACCGAGUGGCCGCCGGCGGAGCGGCCGCCGAUGGUGACGGCGUCCGGGUCGCCGCCAAAGGCGGCGAUGUGCUUCUGGACGAACUUGAGGAAGAAGUGCUGGUCGCGCAUGCCGAGGUUCAGCAGGCCCUCCUCCUCGAAGAGGGCCGAGGGCAGGAAGCCGAGCGAGUUGAUGCGGUAGUGGAAGUUGACGACGGUGAUGGGCUCCUUGGACGAGGCGGCGAAGGAGGCGCCGUCGAAGCUGCGGUAGCUGCCGGCGUAGAAGGCGCCGCCGUGGAUCCAGACGAGGACGGGCGUCUUCUGGUCGAGCGGGAUGCCGCGCGUCCGGUAGACGUUGAAGUUGAGGCAGGCCUCGUCCUGGGUGCUAACGUCGGUCGAGGUCGGGUCCUGGACGCACGUCUUGCCGUACCGGGUCGCCGGCUUCGUGCCGUUGAAGGGCGCCGGCCAGGAGACGGGCUUGAAGCGGCCCUCGCCGACUGGCUGCGUUGAGUAGUCGAUGCCCAGCCAGGCGUCGACGGGGGCAGGCAGGGCGCGGCCGCUGAGGGUCGAGUUGACGACGGUUCCGGAGAACUUGCCGUAGCCGCUGAGCUCGACGGGGUUGUACGCCGCGGCCGCGGCGGCCGGCGCGAGGACGACCUGGGACGCGGCGAAGAGCGGGAAGGACGUGGAGAGCUUCAUGCUGGGCAACGUGCUCGAUCCCUCGUCUCUGGGUGGUUCUGCUGCUUCUGCUGCUACUGCUUGACCGCAAGAGAUGGUGGUGAAGAGGAAACACGCGAGAACAGCGCAGCACCGGCCAUCGCGGAGCUUUAAACGCAUCUUGAAAUGCAAUCGCUGGUCCCCCCUCUUCUCGUCUCUCUCUUUCUGACCCUCUCGCUCUCUCCGCUCUUUGCUAUCAGCUUGACAAUUUCCCGGCGACCCGCUCAGAAAACGACCCUUUACCGACUGGCGGAGACAAGUCCAAGCCGGUUUACAGCAUUGAUCGGUAGAGAUGAGGGUAAAGAGAAGGCCGAAUCCCUGACUCAGGCGUCUCCAGGGCGGAGAAAUCCCAAGCGACCGAGGGGUCCACAACCUCACAAGCACGCUAGAUUCGUGCAGAUCGAUGUAAUUCUGCCCAGGAAGGGGGAGGGAAACAGGUCGGGGUCCCUCCGAUGUCGUCGGCUUUCAUUUCUGGCAUCCGGAUGCCCCCGGAAGGCCGUUCUAGGUGACAAACAUUCAAUGGACAAUGGUUGGCGGGAGGAGAGGUAAAGUGAUAAGAAGCCAACAUGACUAAAUCUCUUAACGAGACGCUCAACGAGGGGUCCCCGCAACGUUAUCCUUGGUCGAUGCCGAUGGGGUCCCAGCCUCCCUCCCACGCUAGGUCGUUCGUGUUUGUGGGGUUGACGAUGGCUGUGUUUUGCAACAAUGGGGAGAUCGGAGGCGAUAAAGACGCGAGAUAACCCAGAUAUCCGCCAUCCGUGAGCGUCUUCCGUGAUCCGAUAUCUUUCCUCGUCCUCAAACUCGCAAUCGCUCUCACCAUCCGUUGUCUCUGACCGUACGGAUAGAUAGACCAUAGGGGAAGGGGAUGAGUAGGGGGGGGAGGAGUCCGUGGGCGCAGGCUUUAAUGUUUUGACAACGGUUAAGCGUAAUGCCGGUCUCGGAGUAAAGCAACUGGGGGCCCUCCCCCAUUGGCCAAUUGAUGCCAGCGGGCUUCUCCGUCAUGAAUGGGGCUCAAGGUGUUUUGUUUUCUCUCGUCUAUCUAGCCAGUCAUCUCAUCGUCCUCGUCAUCAUCGUCAUUCCCGAGCGCCGCCUCGAUGGCCGCCGCACGCGUCCUCUCGACGGCCUGGACGAACUCCUCCCUGAGGAACGCAUCCGGCCACCCGUACUCUGCGUACAGCCUUCUCACCUGGCCCUCCUCGGUGUACUCCUCCACGACUCUGGCCUCCCACUUGCCGGAGCGGGGCGCCGGGACCACCUCCAAGUUGCCGACCUGGGCGUAGAUCUUGUCAAAGUAGGCCUGAAUGGGCAUCGGGUCGACGGCGAGCCACUGCCGGUCCUCGGGGACCUGGUCUUCGCUCUUGUCGAACUCGGUGCCGUAAGGAUAAAUGCAUCCUUUGGGGCAUUAGUGAGCGGAAGAUCAAGGGGGAGUGAGUGAUUGAGUGAGUGAGAAAUAAAGAGAACAGUGUGAAAAUGAAAAACAAACGAAGGAAAAAAAGCCCGUGGUCGCAACUCGCAAACCCCGUCAACUAACCUUCCUUGGUGUCAAUCAACCACCAAGUGCCUUCGUCUGCGUGCGUCAACGACACCAUGUCCGCCGGCACGGGCCCGUCAAACGGCGCGAACCCGAGAUCCAGGAGCGGCGUCGUGCCGAGAUCCUCCCCCGGGUUGCCGCCGAACCACCGCCCGCCGCGCAGGUACCGGAGAGGGAACGUCUCGGUGUAGACCUCGACGGGGUCCGCGUCCUCGUUCUCGCGGACGUAGGGGAUGUGCCGCAGCAGGUCGAUCACGGCCUCGGAGCGGCCCAUGGCCCGGAGCGCGUCGACGCGGAGCUCCGAGUCGGCCCAGCCGGCGGCGGGGGGCAGCUCGACGGCCGAGAUGUCCAUGUAGCCCAUGCGCACCAGCAGCUCGUAAUGCCUCUUGAGGCAGUUGACGACGACAUCUCGAUUGUAGGCUGACAUUUUACAAUAAUUUUGGAUCAGGAAUUCUUCACCGGGCGUGUACAAAGUUUGUUCUGGCGAGGCGAGGACGGAGUGCGAUGAGGAUGGG